AUGUUAGGAGUCACCUGGACAGCAACACCUAGAAGUCACGCACAGGAUGAAACAACGGAGGUUUUUUCUACUCCUGAAAUUCAGUCCUGGAUGUCUAGCAUUGAGCAGUGCUUGAAUGAGGUAUCGACCACAGUUUCGGAAGGCAAGAUGAACUCCGAACAAAAACUUAGAGUGAGUAACCUUUGUCGCAAAGUGGUCAUUGUCAAGUCAUUGAAACAUAAAGCCCUCCAAAACUACGCCACCCUACAAACGUUAAAGGAAAAUCAAGACCUCGCGAUUAGUUUGACUGAGAUCAAGCAGAAACUACAGGACACUCUCAUCAAACAAAAUUCUGAAAGCACUACCUUUGCAGACAUGGUGAAGGGUACAAAAAGCCUUAUUCGACCUCACGCAACUAGCUCAGUCGCUAUAUACCCUAGUGACCAAACCAAGACCAGUGAAGAGACCAAAACUUUAGUUCAAAAAAUUGUGUGCCCUGAGGAAAUGAAACUAAAGGUACGUGGCCUUCGCAAAAUAAGAAAUGGAGGUGUUAUCAUAAGUACGGAGACCAAGGAUGACAUCCUAAAAUUGAAGCAGACUGUCGAGAGUUCCACUUCUGCACUUACUGUCGAUGAACCUCGAAAGCGGAAGCCCCGUAUUAUAAUUAUUGGGGUACCUACUGACAUGGCAGAGAAAGAAGUAUUUAAAAGUAUUUACGAACAAAACAUUGCAGACAAACAUCCAACAUUGACCAAGGAUACCUUUCUGACCUCAAUUAAAUUAAGCCACAAAUCAGGGAAAAGAAAAGCUGACAGCUGCAACUACAUUGUUGAAGUACCAGCCAGCGUCCGGAAAGCCCUAGUGAAUCAGAACAGGCUUUACAUAAACUGGACGUCAUGCCCGGUACAUGAUUUCACCCUUGUGACUCGGUGCUUCAAGUGUCAGCAGUAUGGUCAUGCAUCUAAGACUUGCAAAUCCAUCACCUCUACUUGUGGCCACUGUGGAGCAGACGGACACGCGACACAAGAGUGCUCCUCUAAGGAAAACCCUCCAAACUGUGCAACCUGCAAGCGCUAUAAAAAACCCUGCAAUCAUAAGACGGGAGAUUUGGAUUGCCCUGCUAGAAAAGCCGCAGAAUAUAGAUAUAUCAACUCUAUAGAUUAUAGGGGUGCCUGAUAGCGCCAAAUACUAGAUUAUAUUUAGCUCUUAAUCAUCUUUACACGGUACAUACUAUUAUGUUUUACAUUUAGAUAGUUUGAUUACUUAUUCGUUUUAAGGAAACUUUUAUACAUUUUAAUAAAUUACUAUACACGAUCUGUAAAUUUAAAUGAUUAUAGCUGUAAAAAAAUAAUGUUGAAAUUAUUUGCAAGGCUUGUUUUUGACCAGACUGCAGAAUUGCCGACUGUAGUAAAUCAAAAUUACCUAGAUAUUAUAAUUGAAAUAAAUUAGUAUGUAAGCAUUAGAAUAAAUAUGUAUAAUAACACUUUAUUUGUCACAGUAA